UUUUAUCCUAUUUGUCUGUGGGUUGAAACUUGAAUGUUCGUUGUUGCGAUGAUUUGUUUUAGAUUGCUUUUUUAUUAUUUUAAAUUUGAUGUAAUACAUUCCCUUGAAUAAAUCUUCAUUUCUUUAUUUAUGUGCUAAAGCCUAAAUCUGUUUAGAAACCUAAGAGUCUAUUGCUUACGGGCCCUAUUUAUUUACAAGCGGAGACUUAUCGCGUCCAAGCUUUCUUUUUAAAGUGGCUUGCUUAUAUUAUUAUUUACGUUGAUAAUUCCUAAAACAUUAGCCACGGCGUCGCAAAAAUCAGACGAAUCUAGCCGUCGCGAAGCAGACAAUCGGUUUAAGAUGCCAGCAGCAAGUUUUGGGGCACUAUCCGUACUGCCAGGAACCAGUGAUUGUGGCAUCAAAGAUGUAUGGAAUCACAACCUUCAUGAAGAAUUCCAAAUUAUCAGAAAGAUAGUACUAAAAUACCACUGGGUUGCCAUGGACACUGAGUUUCCCGGAGUUGUUGCAAGACCCAUUGGAGAGUUCAGAUCCACAGCAGACUACCAGUAUCAGUUACUCAGGUGUAAUGUCGAUUUAUUGAGAAUAAUACAGCUCGGUCUUACAUUCAUGGAUGAAAAUGGUAAAACUCCACCAGGAUACACCACAUGGCAGUUUAACUUCAAAUUCAAUCUACAAGAAGACAUGUAUGCACAAGACUCCAUUGAUUUGCUUCAAAACUCUGGACUCCAAUUUCGGAAACAUGAGGAAGAUGGAAUUGAACCUUUGGAAUUUGCAGAACUUCUUAUGACAUCAGGCUUAGUGUUAAUGGAUAACAUAAAAUGGCUCAGCUUUCAUUCUGGAUAUGACUUUGGGUAUCUACUCAAAUUACUUACAGAUCAAAACUUACCUCAAGAUGAAAAUGACUUCUUUGAAAGCCUAAGAAUAUAUUUUCCAACAGUUUAUGAUGUCAAGUAUUUAAUGAAACUGUGCAAGAACUUAAAGGGUGGUCUCCAAGAAGUAGCUGACCAGCUGGAACUAAGAAGGGUGGGGCCCCAACACCAGGCAGGUUCCGACUCCCAUCUUACUGGGAUGGCUUUCUUUAAAAUCAAAGAGAUAUUCUUUGACGACAACAUUGAGAGUUCAAGCGGACACCUGUACGGACUUGGUGCACCAUUCUCUGUGAACUCUACCACCUUCCAAGACAACGGUGAAAAUGGCAACUCUUCCUGAUCUGCGGAUUCGGCUUGCGGGUCAAAUCUGGCAUCGCAACCGAGAGUGUUCCAUCAUAAGGAAUUGGGUUAAAUUUGUCUUGUAAAAGAACAAUACACGUAUUACACAUUCGCUGUAUCCAUGUAUCUAUUUGUGGCACUCUCUCUUCUUCGCUUACAUGAGUGGAGACAGUAAGUGUAACUAGUUUUAAAGGAAUUCCUUAACCUGUGGUCACAAGUACUAGUAUUUCUCUCUACGACUCAAUGGACCUGCACAGUGAAUCCAUAAAAUGUUAAUAUUGUCACACUCCAGAUAAUUUCUUCAUAAUAAUAAUGAUCAGCCAUUUUGUCUGCCAAGACUAUAGGACCAGACCUCCGUCCAUAAAGGAGAGGAGAUAUGGAGCUUUGUAAUAAAGCAAACUUAGGAUGAUGUAAACUCCCAUUGUAACAUUAAAAUAGUAAUAAUGAUAAUCAGCAGGAAUAAAGGCUUAACAUGCUCUCAAAGGCAACUCCGGGUUAAAAGAUUUUAUAGACAAAAGAAAAGCUCAAUACUUCACAGCCUAACCAGGACUCGUACCCCAGAACUUGUGAUCUGAAGCCACAUAGAGUAACCACUGAACCUAUGAGGCAGUUGAGUAUGUAAGAGUAGAGGCAGCAAACGAAAUGUUUACGUGAAUUUUAAAUUUGUAUGAAACUACUCUAGAAAUAAAUGGGGAACCUUGGAAGAAAUUUCAAUUUAAAUUACAUUGUUCAAGUUUGGAUUAUGCCAAUGUGUAAUCAUUUAUUGAUGAGAUUACAAGAUACGAGGCAAUCUUUCAACAUAUGUGGACAUUAUAAUGAAUAUGUACGGUAGUAAUUGUGACACAUCUGAUAAUAUAGACGCACGAAAUAUAAAUGCUUCUUGUAGAUUUAUGUAUGAAUAUUUCACAUUUCCUUUUAAUCUGAUAUAUCUUGGACUAUUACCUGUCUAAUGAAAUACUAAAUUUCUGCAGGGACUUUGUUCUAGAAUUAAGUGGACAAUAUGAACGCAGCGUUUAAGUACCCACUCAGUUUUAUAUAAAACAUCAAAAUUCCAAAAAAUAAAAAUACAAAUAUUUGUCAAAAACUUGUAGAAUAAACUUUAAAAAUAUGUGCAUUGUGCAUAUAAGUAUUUCAAUAAUGUAGUUCAUUAAUCACUGAAAGAAUAAAUUAAUGUAAUAUUAGGAAAUUAUGAAUAGUUUGUUGUGAACUUUCUAUUCUAACUAUAUAGACAGGUAUUAAUCUAGUUUUUUUUUAAUAAUAAUAAUUAUGGCAUGUGUUUAAGAGUUGAUUGUAAUACAUAGUUGUUAUGGGUUCGAACUCGGGGGCGUAGCUAGCCGUAUCAGCCGUAUCCAUUAUACGGGCCCCCCGAACAACAAAGCCCCCUUAAGUGUGAAAGCAAAAAUUAGUAAAAUAUAAUUCAAAAAGUUCCCACUUUUUGGAUUACAUUUUAUUUUAGACUUUGAAAUAUUUUGGAUUACAUUAACACCAACUCGCACACUUGAUACCAAAAAAAAAUAUUAAAUCUUGUGUAUAGUCUGGCCAGUUCGUUGAUGACACUCCCAUGAUAUGCGCGGGUGUGAAAUCGUGCGUGCGGGGAAGUGAGGCGCAUCAGUCGUGGGUUUUCACUCAUCCCUACACGCCCGCGGCCCGCGCGGACUAUCGGUAGUGUUUCGAUCGAAGGUGCCAAGUUAUAGUAUGUAUGUCACAGAAACAUUUUGGUACUUUACUUUACUUUGUGAUGAAAGAGUUAGCGGUAAAUCUAAAACUAAGAGAUUUUUCGGGAUUUGCCGCUCAUUUAUUGGGCCCCCAACUAUUUUGAUACAGGCCACCCAGGGCACGCUACGCCACUGUUCGACCUGUUAAAAUAUGGAAUGCCAUUCCGGCGUCUAUUUACUGCCACCUACUAUCUAAGCACCUUUAAGGCAAGAAUAAAUAGGCACCUUCUAGGCAAGCGUCCCAAAGGCUAGUUGACCCUUUUUUUAAUGGUCUUAAAUAGGUAGUUCAUUAUCAUUCUACUAGACUGAAAAAAAAUCACAUUUUUUUGUGACGUGAUUACAUGAAAAUUUUAGUUUUUAAAAAAUAUAUUUUUGACAAUACGAGCCAAAACGCCUGUCGGCCAUGACGAUCUAUAUUUCAACUGUUUUAUGACGUCACUUUAGUAAAUCCCAUACAAAUGGAGCGUUUGACAAAAGUAUUAGUUAACUAAUAAUUCGACGUUUAGUACAUCAAAUGUGUUAGUGACGUCACAAAAUGGAGAACAGCGUUUUUGACGUUUGGAUAAUUUUAAAAAAUACAUGAUAAUUAAAUUAAGUUUUUUAAGAAAUCCUUAACCUUUAUUAAUUGAUAUCUAACCUUUAUUAAUUGAUAUCGAUAUAUUUCGGACCCUUAUUUCAUGUACCUACUACUCGAAAUCAAUAUUUAAAUAUUCAAUUUGAUAUGAGUCAACUACCCUAUUGUAGACCUCAUCAUUGCUCCAUCAGGCUUGAUUGUAAUCAAGCGCAAGCCUGUUGACCAUAACAAAGGUAUUCAGCUAGAAGAGAAAACUAUGAUUGCUUAUAGAAAAUUAUUUGAUAAAAGUUUCAUCAUGAAACAAUAUUGAUCAAUAAUAUAAUGUAUGAUUUUUUAUUAUUGUUAUUAAGAUUUCAAUUUUAUAUGUUUUUAAUUGUGAUAAAAAUAAUAAUUUAAUUAAGGUAAACAUUUAUUUUACGUCUAUAAUAGAUACAUUUAAAGUGGC